GGAUGUCAGAGAAAAGAUUCCAGAUUGUAUCCUAGGACCAUUUCCAACAGCUGCCAGCCAAAGAAGUAGAAACUCUCUAAUGAUGAAACCAGUUCAGACUAUAAACUACAAGCCUCCCAGCCUUGACUUGGCUGAUAGAGAUCAGAUGGUGACUGAAUAGAAGCUGCCCCAGUCCUGGAUCCAUGAUGUACGCACCAGUUGAGUUUUCAGAAGUUGAUUACCCACAAGUUGAAUAUCAAAGAAGACAACAAUUUUGGGAUCCUAUACGUCUAGCUCUUUUCACAUUGGCAAUUGUAGCAAUCAUAGGAAUUGCAAUUGGUAUCGUUACUCAUUUUGUUGUUGAGGAUGAUAAGUCAUUCUAUUACCUUGCCUCUUUUAAAGUAACAAAUAUAAAAUACAAAGAAAAUUAUGGAAUGAAAAGCUCAAGAGAGUUUAUAGAAAGGAGUCAUCAGAUUGAGAGAAUGAUGUCUAGGAUAUUUCGACGUUCUUCUGGAGGAGGUCGGUUUAUCAAAUCUCAUGUUAUCAGACUGAGUCCAGAUGAACAAGGUAUGAACAUCCUCAUGGUGCUUAUGUUUCGAUACCCAUCUACUGAUAGUGCUGAGCAAAUCAAGAAAAAAAUUGAGAGGAUUUUAUAUCAAAGUCUGAAGACAAAACAGUUGCCUCUGACUAUAAACAAAUCAUCAUUCACGCUCACAUCUAUCGACAGCAAAAGGAUGAGGAAUCUUCUCAACAGCCGCUGCGGAAUAAGGAUGACAUCUUCAAACAUGCCUUUACCAGCAUCCUCCUCUACUGAGAGGAUUGUCCAAGGGAGGGAAACAGCCAUGGAAGGCGAGUGGCCAUGGCAGGCCAGCCUCCAGCUCAUAGGUUCUGGCCAUCAGUGCGGAGCCACCCUCAUCAGUAACACGUGGCUGCUCACAGCAGCUCACUGCUUCCGCAAAAAUAAAGACCCAAGUCAAUGGAUUGCUACUUUUGGUACAACUAUUACACCACCUGCAGUGCAACGAAGCCUGGGGAAAAUUAUCCUUCAUGAAAAUUACCAUAGGGAAACAAAUGAAAAUGACAUUGCCUUGGCUCAGCUUACCAACCGAGUUGAGUUUUCAAAUAUAGUCCAGAGAGUUUGCCUCCCAGAUUCAUCUAUAAAGUUGCCACCUAAAACAAGUGUAUUUGUCACAGGUUUUGGAUCCAUUGUAGAUGAUGGACCCACGCAAAACAAACUUCGGCAAGCCAGGGUGGAAACCAUAAGCACAGAUGUGUGUAACAGAAAGGAUGUGUAUGAUGGCCUGAUAACUUCAGGAAUGCUAUGUGCUGGAUUCAUGGAAGGAAAAGUAGAUGCGUGUAAGGGCGAUUCUGGUGGUCCUCUGGUUUAUGAUAAUCAUGACAUCUGGUACUUAGUUGGUAUAGUAAGUUGGGGACAAUCAUGUGCUCUUCCCAAGAAACCUGGGGUCUAUACACGAGUGACUCAGUAUCGAGGAUGGAUUGCCUCAAAGACUGGUAUCUAG